AUGAGCCUGCUGUCGGCCAUCGACACGAGCGCCGCUUCGGUGUACCAGCCCGCCCAGCUGCUCAACUGGGUCUACCUGUCGCUGCAGGACACGCACCAGGCUAGUGCCUUCGAUGCCUUCCGGCCGGAGCCGCCCGCCGGCGCCGCGCCCCCAGAGCUGGCCUUCGGGAAGGGCCGCCCGGAGCAGCUGGGCUCGCCCCUGCACUCCAGCUAUCUCAACAGCUUCUUCCAGCUGCAGCGCGGAGAGGCGCUGGGCAGCAGCGUGUACAAGAGUGCCUCGCCCUACGGCUCCCUCAACAACAUCGCCGAUGGCCUCAGCUCCCUCACGGAGCACUUCUCUGACCUGACGCUCACCUCCGAGACCCGCAAGCCCAGCAAGCGGCCCCCACCCAACUACCUGUGUCACCUGUGCUUCAACAAAGGACACUACAUCAAGGACUGCCCCCAGGCACGCCCCAAAGGUGAAGGUCUGACCCCGUACCAGGGCAAGAAGCGCUGUUUUGGCGAGUAUAAGUGCCCCAAGUGCAAGAGAAAAUGGAUGAGCGGGAACUCCUGGGCCAACAUGGGGCAGGAGUGCAUCAAGUGCCACAUCAACGUGUACCCGCAUAAGCAGAGACCCCUGGAGAAGCCCGAUGGCCUGGACGUGUCCGACCAGAGCAAGGAGCAUCCCCAGCACCUGUGCGAGAAGUGCAAGGUGCUGGGCUACUACUGCCGCCGAGUGCAAUGAGCCGGCUGCCAGCCCGCUGCGCCCACCGCCGCCUUCCCGCCAGCCAGAGACCACGCCCCCUCCCUGUGUCCCUCCGUGCUGCCUGGUGUCCCCGCGUAUGCGUGGGGGCAGCCUCACCGGCCCAGGCAGGGGGCGUCUUACGUUCUUGUCUCGUGUGUGUUGACAAACAGUGUUACUGACAUAGCUGCUCCCACAGAAAGCCGGGUCUCUGGGACCCUCUACAGGGCGGCCUGGGGUCUGCACGAAGGGGCAAGGGUGAGGAGAGGGCAGCACCAGGACCCUCUAAAGCCCUUGGCAUCCCCUGCAGGCUCCCUUCCUUUGAGACUCGCUUUGGGCUGAGCAGCCUUGUAUUGGCCACAAGUGCACUAAAUUUACUGUGAAUCCCAAAGCCUGCAGGGGACAGUCUCCCCAAGACCAGCCAGGCCUCCUUCUGUACCCAGAACCUUCUAGUGUGCCUGGAGUGCAAAGCCGCCCUCAGAAAGCCCUACUUUUCUGUCCUGUUUGUGUCAGCACUCCUGGCGAGCUGACACCCUUUCUAGCAGCUGCUGGGAGUGGGCACCUCUGCCCGCUGCCCAUCAUGAGCCCCAGACCCGACGGCCUCGGACAUCAUUCGCAUUGCAUACCCUAGACCCAGAGGUCAAGGACAGUGUUCCACGGUGUGACCUGGAGCAUAUCAGACAAUGCCUCCCCUGCCCCCCGCCACACAUUUUCCACUUGGGAUUGGAUUUGGUCAGGCCCAUUCCCUACCCUUUUCCGUCACCUCCCCCCAAUGCUAGGACCCCCCCUCCCCCGAUCGAGGCCCCGUGGGGAAGGCAGUCUGUCAGGAGGGACGCGAGCCUGGUGUCCUGGAGACAGGUUCACGUGCUGGCCCUGCUGCUGACACACUACGCAGCCUUGGGAAGAACUCGUCAUCUCUGGCCCUCAGUUUCCCCGCUAGUUCUGUGACUGCGUGAUCCAAAGACCAGAGGCCCGUUUCAGUGCUGGGCUUCACAUGGAGCCGUAUUCGGAGAGGCCAUCCAAGUCCCAGACUGCACACCGCCACCCAUCAGUCAUCACUUAGGACAGAGUUGAGGGACGCCAGUCCUCCUGUCAGCCCCGCCCUGCCCAAUGCCCCCCAUCCCUGCAAAAGUGAGGGAGAAGGAUCCCCUGUCACACAUGAUGUAAGCUACAGAACCUCUCGUUUAUAAAAUGGGGACAAUGACUUCCUACCUCCCAAGGGAGCAGGGAGGCCUCUGGGCAAGUCACGUUGGUCAGACCAUUGUCCUGGCCGGCGGGAGGGAUCGCACUCGCCUCUCUUCUCUCUCCCCUGUGAGAAGUCCUAAUUUUAUUGUCCCAUCAUCCUUUCUCCCAGGGAGAGGGAGAAUGCCAACUGUCAGGACUGGGUCACUUGAUUUUGCCCCAACAUUAUGCCUCUGUGGGAAAAAAAAAAAAAAUCAGACCAUGAAAUGGGCCUGAAGUUCAGUGUUUACCAUGGCUCAAGGUCACCCAAUGGGUGCCCGAUCGCCUUUUGUUUUCAAAUGAAAAUGCUGUGUACAACUGAGGAGUUACCGUGAAGUGUUAACCAGGGGUCCAGGGAGCACGUCGAUGAGAUGGAGUGAGUGUA